UUUCAAUUGGAAGAUUUUUUUAUUUUAUGGCUUAAAUAUGGUGAAAAGAAGCUUCUGAGUAAUUAUUGAUGUCUGAUUUGCUUUCUACAUGGUCCAAAAUGUGUCAUUUGUCAUCAAGAUCAUUUAUUUACAGCAAGUCAAAGUAGUUCUAUGGCAAAAAAAAUGCCACCAUUGAUGGCCGCUUUAAAAAUGGUCGCCAUCUUGGAUUUUUGAGUGACGGUUGAAUAAAGGCCGGUGCACGAGCAGCACUGCAGCUGUCGGUAAAUGACGCUCACCCGCUUUAAAAAACAACUAACCAUGGCACUCUGGAGAAAAAGUAAAAACGUUGGGGAAGUAGUUCUUUACUUUAAUCUGGCUGCAUUUGAUUAAAGCAACACGAGCAUCCACCCGACGCAGCCCUCCAUUGUUGUGUGUGAGAAAAUCAGCGACGUAAACGGUGACGUCAUGACGCAGCAGCAGUCGGGCGCUGGGUGUCGAAAACACAACUUGGGCUACAAAUAAGAACCAGUUCGGAACCAGAAGAGCACUAGCACGGAGCUAGAACUGGAAGUGGUUUGGUGGGAAAGGGGUAUAACAGGCUUUUUGAAAAAAGGAACCUCAUAGGACUUUAGGUGGCAAUUUUAGUGCUUGCUCUGAUAGAUAUCAUCCUAGAGAAACUACCAUCUCUAUUCAUGAUGGAUUACGUUGCGGUUCUGUCUUCUUUUGCAUUGCUGGUCGUCCUUAUAUGUCCUGUUUGCUGUCAGCGUGUUGACUGCAGAUGGGGGCCUUAUGGAGAGUGGUCAGAGUGUGAUGGGUGCUCCAGGACAAAGGUGCGGACUCGCCAUGUGGAGGUGUAUGCCCAAUUUGGGGGUGCGCCAUGUUCAGGAGAAGCCACACAAGCACAGGCAUGUGUCUCAAAGAAAGGAUGUCCCCUGGCAACAGGCUGUGGAGACCGGUUCCGCUGUACCUCUGGUCAGUGUAUCAGCCAGUCUCUGGUGUGCAACGGAGACCAGGACUGUGAGGACGGUCUGGAUGAGAGGAACUGUGAUGAAAACAACAGCCAGUACUCAUGUGACCUGGACAAAACGCCUCCCAACUCCGGCGUCACAGGCAGAGGGUACAACGUGUUAACAGGCCAACUGAGAGCAGGAGUGAUGAACACUCUGAGCUUCGGAGGGCAGUGCAGGAAGGUGUUCAGUGGGGACCAUCUAGUCACUUACAGACUGCCACAGAACAUCCUCAGGUACAACUUCGAGGUGACUGUAGAAAAUGAAGACAGCGAUGAAUCCUACGACAGCUCCUGGUCCUACAUGCAGCACAUCCAGGCCAACGCCUUGGUGGGACACGACCGUCGCUCCUUCCACAAAGAGGUCACUGACAAUAAGGCCUACAGACUUUUAAUCCUGAAGAAUAAAGUGGAGCUGGCCCAGUUCCAAAACUCUGCGCCUCAGUAUGUGACUCUGGCUGAUGACUUCUGGAAGGCCCUGUCCUCGCUGCCGUACACGUACGACUACUCUGCCUACCGCCAGCUGUUUGAGAUCUACGGCACACAUUACCUUUCUGAGGGCAAACUUGGAGGCGAAUACCAAGCCUUGCUGGAGUUCAACCGCCAGGCGCUCGAUUCAACAAGUACAACAAACAUAGACUACCAGAGGUGUUGGAGAAAGGUGAAACGCCGUUGGUUCAGGAAGAAAGUAACGACGACCUGUGAAAAGCUGACAAAAUCUUUAUCUUCCAGUCAUGGAAACAACGUAAACAACAUGCCCAUCAAGGUCAAAGUGUUUGGGGGAGAUACGGCUUUGACGGGCGCUCUGACUGUCCUGGAUCUCGAUAACCCAGAAGCUAACGGAGAAAUCUAUGACAACUGGGCCUCGUCUGUCAAAGACUUCCCUGAAGUCAUAGACAUGAAGCUGCGUCCUCUGUAUGAGCUGGUGAAGGAGGUGCAGUGUGCAGGUUUAAAGAAGCUCCACCUGAAAAGAGCCUUAGAGGAGUACCUGUCGGAGGAGCAUCCCUGUCACUGCAGGCCCUGCCAGAACAACGGGAAGCCGCUGCUGACGGGGUCUGAGUGUCACUGCGUCUGCCGGCCGGGAACAUCGGGCCUCGCCUGUGAGCAGGGAGCUGUGAUUGGUGAACAACCAGGCGUGAUCGAUGGCGGAUGGACCUGCUGGUCGUCCUGGGGAACCUGCUCUGGGAGUAAAAGGAUAAGGACCCGAACAUGUGAUAACCCCUCCCCCAGGUCUGGCCAGCACUGCAUCGGAGAGUGGUCGGAAGAGAAGCCUUGUGAGGACCCAGACAUCCAAUACUUACAGACGAUGGAGCCUCAGUGCUUCGAUCUCCCCUUGACUCCACCGAAGACAUGUGGAGCGCCCCCAAACCUCAGGAACGGAUAUAUUGAGAAUCCCAAGGACUUUUACCUGGUUGGAAACACGGUGCAGUACGCCUGCAUUGACGGUUAUUACCUCACUGGAGGCGCUGUGGCUGAAUGCACUGAAACCCAGAAGUGGAGGACAGGAGCGCCGAUUUGCAAAAGUGCCACAUGUGGGUUUCCUCUACUCAACAGUGACAUAAUAACCAACCCUAUCGAGGCAGCCUAUCAGAUUGGACACAGAGUUUCCCUGUCCUGUCCUGCGGGGUCAGUGCUGGACAUGGAGGUGUCAGAGAUCAUGUGCAGUCCCAGUCUGCAGUGGUCUCCUUCCCCGGCCAGAGCUCGUUGUAAAGCAGUGUCCUCAGGUCCCACUCCUCCAGCUAACCUGAAAUGUAAGCCUUGGGAGAAAGUAGGGAAAACUGAGUGUGUGUGUAAAAUGGCAUCUCAGUGCUCGACUUCCCUACAGCUGUGUGCGAGGCUCGGUUCAAGCCAAACCCGUGUACUUGGGGUUUGUCAGCUCGGAGCUCUGCGCUGUAUGGGACGGAGCUUCGAGUUAGCGAUAGACGCCGAAUGUGACACGCCACAAGAGCUGUUCAUGUCCUGUGACGACUGCAAACCAGGGACAAUUUGUCAGGAAUCGAAAUGCGUGUGUCGGAACGUGUCUGGAUGCCCCUCCGACUCCGCCCCCCUGUGCACGAAAACCGGGGAGGAAAGCAUUGCCAGGACGAUGACUGAAUGCGAGGUGGGGGCCAGGCGCUGUGCUGGCGAGCAGGUCCAUGUGGUCGGUAUUGAGGCUUGUCCAGAAUAAAAGUGGCUGAGCACCCUCCCUCUGUUCUUAAAGGAGGGACAUGUUUUUUUAAUUAUAAAUAGAAUUACAGUUUUUUUAAUAACACUUGAAUCAUGUCAUGUUCCUCUGCUCUCCAAGAGGACUCAUGGUAAAGUGCAUUUGAUUCAAACAUAAAUAUAAGCUUCUUUUCUAAAACUAUUCUAACAAAUCUAAUUAAUCAAAUAAAAUACUUCAUCUAUGUUUCGGUUCUCUUGCCUUUGUGUUAUUUUCUAAAGACUUGUGAACCAAACUCUUUUGCCAAUUACUAUUUGUUUAAUAAUAUGGAGUCAAAACUUGAGAUUUAUGAUAACAAAUAAAGUGUUAAUGCAUCAUUUCAA